UGUCUUUACGCCCUUUAUAGAUAGUCUGCUACUUCCCCUCACUUCUCCUCCCAGUGACACCACGCUUGGCUCAUCAUGCGCACUUCUUCGCAAUCUUCUGGUCUCUGUCUGGCCUUGAUGGUCAUGUCUCUGGCCCUUCCAGCAUCUGCUGAGAAGGUGCUAGGUGCUUACAUCUUUGCUCGGCAUGGAGACCGCACGGCUAAGGUGCUGAAGGACACGGAAUUGACCGAUCUGGGUUACCGUGAGGUCUAUACCACUGGUACCUACUGGCGGAGCCGCUACAUUGAUUCGGACUCCUCUCUGCAGAUCCAAAAUAUCAGUGAAGACAUUGUCAAGCUGAGCCAGAUCAGUGCCUCUACCCCGUCUGACGAUGUGCUGCAAAAUUCUGCCACAGGAUUUUUGCAAGGAGUCUAUCCGCCUGUCGGCUCGUCAGCCAACGAGACCUUGGCUGAUGGAACAGUCGUCGACUCUCCCCUCGAUGGGUACCAGCUGAUCCCCUUGUCCAUGACCGACUCGGGAUCAAACAGCGAGGACACCACCUGGCUGCAGAGUGCGACCAAUUGCCAGAAUGCGGAAGUCAGCAGCAACAACUACUACAGCUCGUCCUUGUAUAAUUCACUUCUUGAUUCUACCACCGAUUUCUAUCAAUCGCUUUCGUCGCUAUUGAACAGUACCUUCUCCGAAUCUUCAAUGAGCUUCAAGAAUGCCUACACCAUUUUUGAUUACCUUAAUGUCGGGUCCAUUCACAAUACCACCAAUGUGCCAACAGCAGAGCAACUCCACCAGGCCUUCCUGCUGGCUAACAUUGAGCAAUACAACCUAGCUUACAACUCGUCCGAGCCCGUCCGAGCCGUAGCAGGCGCCAUGCUGGCAGGUGACGUUCUUCAAGGCUUGAACAAGACGAUCACAUCCAAGGGGAAAACCAAGCUGAAUAUUCAGUUCGGCUCCUACGGCACGUUCCUCUCCUACUUUGGUCUGGCACAACUCCCUGCUGCGGACGUCAACUUCACUGGAAUUCCCGACUAUGCUUCCUCUAUGGCAUGGGAACUGGUGACGAACUCAACCUCAAGUGAAUUUCCUUCCACUUCCGACAUCAGUGUGCGAUUCGUCUUCCAUAACGGUACACUCAAUGAGUCAAAGAACGAUAGCCCUACUGAGUACCCACUUUACGGCCGGUCAAGUGCCACCAUUCCCUGGUCCGACUUUGAGCGUCUGAGCACGAAGAUUGCCGUCACAUCGCAGUCGCAGUGGUGCCAGGCAUGUGGUAACACUGAUGGUCAAUGUGCGUCUUACUCGACCAGCUCCAACACUACCUCUACUUCUACGCCUCAGCAGAAGUCAAGCAGUGGUAUCUCCCGGCCGGUAGCGGGUGUUAUCGGUGCAAUGGUAACUUUGGCGGUCAUUCUUGGUGCAGAGGCGCUCCUCCUUCUCGUGGGAGGAUUCCGCAUUACCAAGAAAGGCGCAGUUGCACAGAACGCAGCUGCCGACGAGGAAGACAAGACCUCUUAGGAGAGACUAAAAGCAGUGAGCAUGUAUUCUUGAUGAGUUUGGAUGAGCGAUGAUUUUAUGAUGGCUGGAGCAUCGUGAUUUCCAGUCUUGUGCUACUUUUUAACCAAUAACUGGCUUCGUAUCGGGAUCCUGGUCCGAGUUAUAAUGAGCCUACAUUAGCACUACAGUCUUUAUGAUAUUCUACCAAGCUGACGCUGCCGUCAUU